AAAAGACUUAAUAAAAAUUUUAACUAUAUUAAAGUUAGACUAUUUUUAAUUAAAGUAAAAAAUAAAUUUAUAAACUAUUUUUUAAACUUUUUAGCUAACUUUAAAAUAUACUUUAGAUUUUAUAUAAAUAUACUAAAACCUAUAAAUUUAAAAAUGCUAUUAUAA